AUGACCGACAUCACGACGGAGCCAUGCUUUCGAUCGGCGCUGCUGUGGGGCAUCUCCACAGGGGUUGGCAUUGGCCUCCAUCGCUUCCGAGUGACAAGGAAGGUUCAAACCGCAUGCGACUUUGCCUUGUACUCGUUCGUGGGCGUCGCUGGAGUCUCGUGGAUUGUCUGCCGAAGCGCCAAAGCUGCCACACAAAAGCAGCAACAACGAAUUUUAGAUGCCAUGAACGUUGCCGAAGAAAACCGACCGUCCGCCCAGUACUUUCGCUCGGAAGUGGUGCCGCCGCCUCAAUCAUCACCCGACACUCCCUCGUCGUCAUCAUAG